AUGGAAUUUUUGGCAACAACUAUCCGUUUCGUCACACUGAACUAUCACAUGUUUUCGAGCGAACUCCAACAAGCCGCCCUCUCUAAACUUCCGGAAUAUAUCUGUGUGCCGUUUGCUGUACUGCAGGAAGCACGCAUCAGAGACCGCUCUAUCAUCAGUGUCGAAGAUUACACCGUCUACUGCGGCGAUGCUGAUGGGAAGAAGCUAGGAGGCUGCGCAAUAGCUGUGAGGAACGACUGCAACAAUCUGGUGGAGGAAUAUACCUCAACGUCGUCGGUAUGUGCCUUUGUGCAACUGCGGGUUUACAGAGGACAUAAACUCUGGGUCGUAAGUGCACAGAAACCGCUGAAGGCAACAACAACGACACCUAUGAUGAAAUCAGUGGGUUUAUGUCUAAAGUACCUAAAGCAAGCGUCUGGUCGAAUUAUGUGA